CCGAGCAACAUAGCUUUUAAGUGCUUGUUUUUAAGCCAUAAUAACAAAAAUAAGCCAAAAAGUUUUAUAAGCCAUAAGUUAUAAGCCCAUCCAAAUGGACUGUUAAUUUGGUAUUUAAACAAGUUACGCUGAGCAAAAGAAAUAAGUUAAAUGAAACCCUACCUUAAUGGCCCAAAAUAAUAUAAGAUAUUAAAUGUAGAAUAAGAAUAGUAGUUAUAUUACUACUUUGAAUCAGAAAAUAUAUAUCUGAUGUUGCGCGUGCAUCUGAAAGUAGUUACCGUACACUAUCUUAUGCGAAAAAUACCUUCUGAGAAAGUUCUAUCGAUCGUGCUGUACUUAGUUUAUCUCAUGAAUAGUGAAGUGCUCAUUUUUAUUUCAGUUUUGAAUUAAUGAUCGUCUAAAGUUUGAUCAUCUUUGAUACCAUGGCUUUAUCUAUGGAAGUUUUGUGUACGGAAGCACAACAGCGUGAGCAGAAGCAGAGGAAGAAGUACACAGCCACCUUAGAACAAUUAUCAGCAUUUGAGGUAUUGCUUGAUGAGGUUUAUGUGGAUCUUCGCCCUAAACCAAACGAUUAUGAUGUUCGAAGAGAUUUGCUUCGAAUCUUUAAUGAAAUAGCAAUGGAGAUUUAUGACUAUUCUGCUGAUGCUCCUGUCAUCGAGGUGUUUGGAUCAUUCUCAAUGGAUCUAUUUUGUGCUAAAAGUGACUUGGAUCUAUCUAUCAACUUCACCGACAGAAAAGUUAACAUUACACGGGAGAAGAAGAUUCAAACUCUGAGGAAAUUCGCAAAAAAGUUUUAUCUACUUCAAAGGAAUGGUUUCGUUUAUGGUGUCAAUCCAGUUACAACUGCCAGGGUGCCAGUUCUCAAAGUUGUUGACCGAGGAACUGAAAUUGAAUGUGAUAUAUCAGUUGAAAACUGGGAUGGGAUUUCAAAAUCAAAGACAAUUUACAUGAUUGGUGCCAUUGAUGAACGUUUUGGGAAAUUGAGCUUCUUGAUGAAAGCAUGGGCGAAAGCACAAAAUAUUAACAGUGCAAAGGAUCAAACAUUGAAUUCUUUAUCUAUAAUACUCUUGGUUGCUUUCCAUUUGCAGACACGAAAUCCACCCAUACUGCCUCCAUUUUCCACCUUAUGCAGAGAUGUUAAUGAGUCGGUAGCAGUGGAGGGGUCUCUCUGUAAGUCUUCAAACUUCGGAAUAAGCAAUAAAGAAUCAGUGGCUGAGCUCUUUUUUUCUCUAUUAAACAAGUUACUGUCAGUUGAGAAGCUUUGGUCCCAAGGUUUGUGUGCCAGCACAUUUGAAGGAUCUUGGAUAUCUAAAACAUGGGGUUCUAGAGUCGGCCAUAUAAAUGUUGAAGAUUUCGCUGAUAGAUCUCAAAAUGUUGCAAGGGCGGUAGGAGAACCAGAAGUUAAAAAAAUCUACAGCCGUAUCCAGCUUUCAGUCCAAUACAUUUUUGAUUUCUUGAAUAAAAAGAUUGAAGGGGACUCUUUAAGGAAGUUCCUAUUUGGCCAGGAUGUAGCCUCCAAGCUAGUCACAGCUGGUCCUGUAAAUUUUAUUACCAAAGAAAUACAAGCUCGUGCUUCUGGAAACAAGGAGGUGCAAUAUGUUGAAUGGUCAAAAGGAAAUACAAAAACUGUACAUGUUGAUUUUAUCUUGACAAAAAGCAUGUCAUCUGUGGAAAGUCCGGGAGGGAUGCCACAAGGAAAACGGAAACGAACGGAUGAUUGUUUUGGGGGCACCUUCUCUGAGUGGUCAAGAAGGCAGCCAGGAGAAGGCUUAUCGAGAGAACAGCCCAUGCCUCACUACUUGACAAAUACGCGGGAACCAGUUUUAAACAGGGCAAUGAUCUCAAGAGAAGCCGUGUACAAUAGCCUGCCACCUGUUUCGUUUGAACCUACCUAUGGAAGGAUAGGAUUAGCAGAACCUUCUGGAGAAGUGCAUGGUAGAGAGAUAAUUAGACACCCAAAUCUGAUUGCUCCAGCUGUUCAUCAUACGUGUCCGUCCAGUCAGAUUUCUUAUGAGCCACUCAGACUUCCUGUUGGUUAUUCUAGUUCGGUUCGUGAUUCUAUGCAUUCCUCAUAUUUUUUGCCCCCCGAGCCUAGGAGGUUUUGAUGUGUAAAGUUAAACCUAAUGGUUCUCAAUCAAUGUAAUUCCGCCUCUCUUGGUUUCUGACUUUUGUAGAACAUGUGGAUGUAGAAAUUGAAACAGGUACUAAUUUAAGGGGAGCAGCCAAAUGUUUAAUGUACAAGAAUUGAAGUUUUUUUUGGUCAAAAGAAGAAUUGAAGUUAUGUUGUUCUA